AUGAAGAACCGUACAGAAGUGACAGAGUUCAUCCUCCUCGGACUAACCAGAGCUCCAGAGCUCCAAGUCCCCCUCCUUAUCAUGUUCACCCUUGUAUACUUUGUCAAUGUGGUUGGAAACCUGGGGGUGAUCAUUUUGAUUCUUUGGGACUUUCAUCUCCACACUCCCAUGUACUUUUUCCUCAGUCACCUGUCUCUAGUGGACUUUUGUUACUCUUCAGCUGUCACUCCCACGGUCAUAGCUGGGCUCCUCAUAGGAGGCAAGGUCAUCUCCUACAAUGCAUGUGCUGCUCAAAUGUUCUUUUUUGCAGCCUUUGCCACUGUGGAAAAUUUCCUCUUGGCCUCAAUGGCCUAUGACCGCUAUGCUGCAGUGUGCAAACCCCUGCACUACACCAUGACAAUGACAACAAGUGUGUGUGCGUGUCUGGUCAUAAUUUGUUAUGUCUGUGGUUUCUUGAAUGCCUCCAUACACAUUGGGGAAACAUUCAGUCUCUCUUUCUGUAUGUCAAAUGAAGUCCAUCACUUUUUCUGUGAUGUUCCACCAGUCAUGGCUCUGUCUUGCUCUGAUAGACAUGUGAAUGAACUAGUUCUUGUUUAUGUAGCCAGCUUCAAUAUCUUUUCUGCCAUCCUAAUUAUCUUGAUCUCUUAUCUAUUCAUAUUUGUCACCAUCCUAAAGAUGCACUCAGCUGCAGGAUACCAGAAGGCUUUGUCCACCUGUGCCUCCCACCUCACUGCAGUCACCAUCUUCUAUGGGACUAUUAUCUUUGUGUACUUACAGCCCAGCUCCAGUCACUCCAUGGACACAGACAAAAUGGUGUCUGUGUUCUAUACGAUGGUCAUCCCCAUGCUGAACCCCCUGGUCUAUAGCCUGAGGAACAAGGAAGUGAAGAGUGCAUUCAAGAAAGUUGUUGAGAAGGCAAAAUUGCCUUUAUUAUUGUGA